AAGUCAAUAAAAACACACACACACUUAUCAUUUUCCAAUUGCUAUAGACCAUUAAAGAUAGAAAGCAAAAUCCAAGAACAACCAUAGUCCAAAAAAAAAAAAAAUGUCAUCAAUUCAUAUUUUUCUCUAUAUAAUUUUCUCUCUUUGUUAUUGCUAUUUCUUUUCAUCCAAAAUCCCAAAAGGAAUUCCAAGGUUAAUUUCUCUUCUUCCAAUUAUUUAUUUCUUUACAAUUCUCCCACUUUAUUUUUCUUCUGCAUUUCUUAUAGGACUUACAACUUUUUUCAUUACUUGGUUAGCCAAUUUUAAACUCCUUUUAUUUGCUUUUAAUCAAGGUCCUCUUUCUUCCUUAACAAAAAAUAAUUUAACAAUAAAAAAUCUUCCUAUUUUUAUUUUUAUGGCUUCCCUUCCUCUUAGAUCCAAACAAAAUAAUAUGGAAAAAAAACAAAUCAAGAAAAUCCCUUUAAAUUUAGGUGUUGAAUUUGUUCUAUUUGCAAUUAUCUUGGAGUUGACUUUUCAUUACAAAAGUCAAAUACAUCCAAUAUUGAUCUUGAUUUGUUAUAGUUUAUUGAUAUUUCUUGUAGUUGAUAUUCUUGUAGCAUUAUCUAGCUUUAUUGUUAAAAAUAUUAUGGUGGGGUUGGACUUAGAGCUAGAGUUACCAUCAAAUGAACCUUAUUUAUCAACUUCGUUACAAGAUUUCUGGGGUCACAGGUGGAAUCUCACGGUAACCAAUAUACUACGACUAACGGUAUACGACCCCAUGACGUCAGCAUUGUGCCACGUGGUUGGUAAAGAGUGGGCCCGACGUGUCGCCAUGCUGGCAACUUUUGUCGUUUCAGGGUUAAUGCAUGAGUUGUUAUUUUAUUACGUAAAUGGUGUGAGACCUUCGUGGGAAAUGACGGGCUUUUUUGUGCUUCACGGGCUUUGUGUGAUGGGGGAGAUUGGUGUGAAGAAGGGUUUGAAGGACACGUGGCAGUUACCAGGCUUUGUUUCGGGCCCGUUAACGGUGGGGUUUGUGGUGGUUACUGCAUUUGGGCUUUUUUUCCCCCCAAUAAUUAGGAAUGGUGCAGAUGAAAGGGUGCUUGAAGAAGUUGGGUUUUGUUUUGACUUGUUCAAAGACAAAAUGCUUCAAUUUGUGGAAUAUUUUGGAUAAAAUGUAUACCUUUUCUUUUUUUUUCUUUGCAAUGUGAAAUUUGUAAAGAUUUGUGCAAUUUCAGAGUGGUAUUUUUGA